CCUUGCGGUGUCCCAGUUCUUCCAAGGCGAUGUAGCUCUUUACCAGCAGGAGUAAUGAAACAGGGAGAGGAGAGGCAGGAGAGAGAGGAGCGUUUUCCGCAGCUGAGCCCCAAGACCGCAGAGGACAAACACAAACUUUCAGGCAGCGGGCUGGAACGUCAGAUAUCUGUUUUCAUCUGGAUUCAUCCACGGCCUUCUUCUGUUUGUAAAACGUGAUUUUUUCCCCCCCUUCCUAUUUUGUCGCAUUUCCUUGGAAGUGAUUUAUUGGGCAAUGGUGAAACGGGACACAUUUUGCGGAAUCCGCUCUUUUACCUGUGUUUUCUCCUCAAACUUCCCCUCGGAGAGGGAGAACUGAGCUGGAUCUGCUUUGUAUCUUGAAGUACAUUAGAAAGAGGGAUUUCCUGCGAACUGCCAUCAUUCCAGCCUUGAAUAAUGUUGGGGGCCACACACCGUAACGGCCCCGCUCACUUCUGACCCCAAAAUGGAGCUGAAGGUCUGGGUGGAUGGCGUCCAGAGGGUUGUGUGCGGGGUCACGGAAGCAACCACCUGCCAGGAAGUGGUGAUUGCUCUGGCUCAGGCUAUAGGUCGCACUGGGAGGUACACUUUAGUCGAGAAAUGGCGGGACACAGAGCGCCACUUAGCCCCUCAUGAGAGCCCAGUGGCCUCUCUGAACACCUGGGGUCAGUACGCUGGUGACGUUCAGUUAAUCCUUCAUCGUACGGGCCCCUCGCUCACUGAACGCCCCCCAUCAGAGGGCCCCCCACUUAGGGGUCCUGAACGCGGCCUCCAUCGUCAGAGCCUGCCUCCUCUUGCAAAGCUCCGUCACCCCAACGAUGGCUCUCUUCACCGCCGUGAACCGCGCCGGAAGUCUCUGACCUUCACCGGUGCGCCUCGGAGCCUGAGGGAGAUCCUGAGCGGAGGGCGGAUCGGGGAUGCCGAGGGGAAGCGGAGGCUCCUUCUGGGAAACGGGGGGAUUCACCACCAUGCGGCGCCAGCCUUUGGCAUGGCUCCCCCGGGCCUGUGGACCUGUCACAUGGAAGAUUUGGUCAGACUGGUCAGUCUGCAAAGAGAGACUCUGACCGUGCUGGAGAAGAAGCUGGAGGCGUACGAGGCCGAGCUCCUGGACUGGUCCGAGGGCCGAGGGGGGCGAGGGGCUGGGUGCGCUGCAGAUCUGGGUAGAGGUGGAGGGCUGUUGGAGGAGAUCCUGAGGCUUGAGAAGCACCUUAGGAAGAAUGAGGUGGAAAUGGAAGAGGAAGAGUUUUGGGCCACUGAGCUGCAGAUUGAGAUAGAGAGCGAGAGGCAGCUGGAGGAAAGACUGCAGGAGCUGCGUGGACGACUGCAGGGCUGCGAGAUGGAAAUUAAAGAAAAGCUCACAAUGUUAAAGGGGGUAGAAGCAGGUCUUGAGGAGGAGAAGCUGCAGAGAGAGCGCCAGGAGACCCAAUGGGUCAGUGAAGCUGAGGCGCGGGCUCAGGUCCUCCGGGUCAAGGCGGAGUUGAAGGCCCAAGAGAGACAGGCCAUCCAGCUGGAGAGCAGCUGCAGGGCUGUGGACAGAUCACUUGGACAAAGCAGUAAAAAAUUACAGGACAUGCAGCAGGAGCUGGAACAGCUGACCAAGGAGCUGCGGCAGGUGAACCUGCAGCAGUUCAUCCAGCAGACUGGAACCAAGGUCACAGUGCUGCCCGCUGUACCAACGGAGGAGGACUGUGCAAACAGCAGCUCUGGUUCAGAUUUGGCGGUGCUGACUGGCUCGCUGAAGCGUCCUGUGUCCACCCAGCCUGUGUCCAGCCACCUCCGCGUCCUCGCCAACCCUCUUAGCUCUGCCCUGAACCCAGAGGGGAUCUACGUCUGACCCUAAGCAGAUUGUGUGUGGCCAAAGAUUGAGCUUGUUGCAUGAUUGUGCUGGCGGCCAUCUUUGAAUGUGCAGAGAGUUCUCGAAGCCGAUCGGUCGACCUGGCAGUGGUAGUCAUAAAGUGGACAGUUUCAGCUACGACAUGAAGUAAGAGUGUGAGAAUGUAAUUAAAAUGGCUUGUGUGCAUCUGUCUGCAUGCGCGCACACGCAGUGUGGAAUUUUGAAGGUUUGAAGCACUUGUUAAAUCAUGAAAAUGUUUGUCUGCAUAUAUGUCAGCGAUUCGAGAAAUUUGCCUAUGUGUGAGUGCAGAAAAGCCAAGUUAUGAAGCUUCACUUAGGUUGUAGUUAAGCUGCUAAACACAUUAAAGUGCCUUAUCCUCAUAUUGUUAAUGGUGUUUUCCAGCAUAGAGGAGGUGUUAUGGAGGGCGUUGUUGGAAAAUUCAUUAUUGAGAUCAAGACAACUGUAGAUUUCAGUGCUGGUAUGCAACGUGAGCAGAAGAAACUACAACCUUUCUUUCAGUGUUUUGUAGUGUUUUGUAGGAAUGUCAAACUAAACAAGAAGGAUCUGUACUUUGUCACUGUAUUGUUACCGUAAUACUACAUGCAACAGUUAAGUUUCUAAUCGUUUUCCCUUUUUGUUUUUUACUUGCAACACGUGUACUGUAAUUUGGAUCAGAACUUUCACAUUGUUGUGGUCACUGUUUACAACUUCAUAUCUUCUUGAGCUCUAAUAAGAUGUCAACUUUAAAUAACUUUUGUUUUGUUUUUCUUGCCUUAAUCUACUGCAGAUUGUGGCCAGUUGUGUAUGGCUGUAACAGAAUGCAGAUAUGACAUGGAUUGCAUGGUUCAAUAAACCAUCUGAAUAAAA